GGCAAGUUGAGUCCGCCUCUCAUUCAGAGUUCUAAAGGCUGAUUCUACUCCCCUUCCACCGGACCCUUAACCUCCUCACAUACACGAAUUGGCAUGGGCUUGCUCGAUGGUUUGCCUUCACAGAGAUGAAUGGGAAUGGUAUGCAAGAUACGUGCAAAAUUCAGAUCAGGCCAUGUGUACUUUCCAGAGCACCAUCAGCAUGUGUGGACACAACUGUGGUAAGACCUUUGUAAAGAGUCACAUUGACGGGCACUUGGCCGACUGGCCCUUUAGAUGCAGACUCUGUCAUUGGGGUUUCAAGACGCGGGAACUCCUAUUUGGUCACCUCAUGCAAGCGCACGCGAGUCGGCAAGGAGGUUGCAUACAUUGUGCACAACAGUUCUCAAACCGAAACGAUAUUCAUGCCCACCUGUGUGGUCUGCAUGCUGCUCCUAACGGCUGAACUUUACAUCCCAAGCUCUUUCGCAUUGCAAGCACACUUCUACCGAACUCUCAAGACCCUGUCUCACAUGCAUGGGAUCGCGACGAACGUACUAUACUAUCCGAACCUAAUAUCCCUGCUCACUCCACGACUUCAUGAUUACAUCGCCAUCUUACUAAUCCGUCUCACUGAUAAUGACCGUAGUGUACUCGUUUUCGUAUAACCCUACGGUAGCACCUUGUGAGUGGUAAUACGUCGUAGAGUAAUAGUAACACUUGUCUCGAUCUCAAGCCUUCAACCCCUCCUCUCUUUCUCAUUGAUCUACGUACUGUACUACAUCGCCUAGUUACACUGUUGUAUGUGACACAUCAAUCC